UGGCGAGCGUUUGGCGUUCGCGAGACCUUCUCGCCCCGAAAGCUUCCUCGUUCCCUUCCGUUUCACUGCCGACCUUCGCGUUUCGUUUGACAUGCAAUCGGUGAUCUCGACUCCCUGUUUCAUCAGAGGGUCGGGACUUCUGCAAGUGGUGGCUGUUGGAAGUAUUUUAGCAGUGCCCACGAGUUGCAGCGACUUGGUUUUGCCGGGAUUCCUGGAAAUGUAAUUGCACCUUUUACUUUUUGAAGACAGUGAAGAGGAACAAAAGUUAUGGGUAGCAGCUGUUCUUCUGCACAAAAGAAGGACAAGGAUCGUUCUAAGAAGAAGAAGAAAGGCAGUUGUUCUCCUGAAGGAAGACGACGCAGUUCAGUGCGCUCCACAGACAGCCUACCAUAUGGCAAGGAGUCCACACCACCACCUUCACGAUCUGACCCAUCUGUUACAGCCAUUUCUGGAAGUACAGCGCCUCCUUUAGCUCCAGUUGACACCUCUUUAACAGAAGUGCAGCAGAAUAGCGGCUCCCUUGCAUCUCCAGCACCUCAAGUCACUAGCCCAGCACCAGGCAGUGAGACCUUUUCCGAUGAUGGGUUGCCAUGCCUGCAGAGCUUUCCAGAUGAUGUACAGGCACUGUUGCUUGGCCGAUUGGGUGCUGUGCCUGCAUCGUUGCUGGCUGCAGGCAGUCGGCUUAUCAGCGUAUACAUCUGCUGUGGCCUUGCUGACAUGGAGGCUGAGCGCGCACACUUGGAACAGCACGUCUAUCCCAGUGUCCGUGCCUAUGCUGCUGACAGAGGUUAUGAUCUAAAUGUGGUGGACCUUCACUGGGGCAUCCAUGUGGAGGCCAUAGAUCGUGACACCUUUGCACACCUUUGCCGCCAGACCAUUGCACAGUUGCGCACUCAAGGCCACUUUCUGGCACUGGUACUUCUCAACGAAAAAUUGGAAAACCAGCUACCACACAUCUUGCCUGCUAGCUUGCCUAGCAGUGUGCUCAAAUGUGUUAUUGAUGCUGUAGAAUCAUCGGAACAGAAGCAACUGCUACUUGAAUGGUACAUGGAAGACCUGAACAGCGUGCCAAAGUGUUAUAGACUUCGUUCUAUACGUGAACACAUACCAGACAUCAUGUCUUCUAAUCCCUCAGCUCAGAGUGCUGCUUUCGAGUUAUGGCAAAAGCAGGCAUCACUGAUGGUGGAGGCACUGAGAUCUACUUUGUCUACAGAACAACGAGGGAAGUAUCUCGUUUCAGUGGUGGAAGAAGAACUGGAAGCUGCUGUGCUGACUGAAAGCCAAAAACCACUUUGUUGUCUUUGGAUGGAGCGAAGGUUCACUCACAGGGGUCCGCAGCGGAGCAACAGUGUCGUUGGAACAUUAGUGGAACCAGCUGAAGGCACUGGCCCCGUUGACCUCUCUGACUCAAAACGGUACAACCUAGUCAGGGCUCAGCUGGAGGACAGGCUUCCAGAGUCACAGAAGCUGGUGCUACGUGUGAAGUGGUCAAAGGAAGGACCCAAUACUCAAGAGAAUACUGAGUAUUUUGAUGAGCUAAGCACUGCACUUAGCCGAGAUCUGAAAGCCAUGGUAGACACUGUCGCUGAAGAAGAUGGAAAUGAUGAAACAACUCGACCAUGCCGAGGCAUAGAGCAACAGCUUUAUGUGGAGCUAGUGCAGCAGGCCCAGAUGUGCCUGUCUCUUUCGGAAAACUUUAUAGGACAAACAGAGACGCUUUCUCAGCUGGAGAAGUAUCUUCGGAGCAAGCUUCGCCAUCCACUUGUUUUACAUGGGGUCAAAGGCAGUGGAAAGAGCACUCUGGUUGCCAAGGUGGCUGAGCUGUGUGAAACCUGGGUGCCUGACGCACCUGUCAUUGUGCGUUUCGUGGGCACAUCACCCGAUUCGGACAGCCAGCAACAGCUACUGCGAAGCAUUUGUGAGCAGUGCUGUGCUCUCUAUGGAAUGCACACAAUACUCGCAUCCAAGAGCAUUUCUGAGCAGCGGGAAGUACUAGGCAUUCUCUUAGACAAGGUGUCAUCGCAUCGGCCUCUGGUCAUCCUUCUUGAUGGGUUGGACCAGGUUACCAAACAUAGCGCUUGCACCUUUGACUGGCUGCCAUCUGAGUUGCCUCCCUCCGUCAAGGUAGUGCUUACAGUCCGCGAUGGAAGUAAGGAACUUGAGGACCUCAAGGCUAAACUCAAGAAUCAGGAGCAAUGCUUCAUAGAUUUGGGACCCUGUGGUGUAGAGCAAUGCAAGGACAUUUUCCACAAAUCUUUGGAAAGAUGUUGCAGAACAGUCAGCGCCAAGCAAUUUGAAAGUGUUUGUGCAUCAUUGCAGCAGUCACCAAGCCCUCUGUUUGCUACACUUCUAGCAAGUGCUGCAUCACACUGGCAUGGAGCUGAAGAACCUUCCAUGUUUCACUCUGAAGCUGAAGUGGUGUCAUUUCUUCAUGAUCAACUUAAGAAGGAGGUGCAUCCCAAGGUCAUAUCCUUAGUGUUGGGACUCUUGAGUGCCUCACGCCACGGACUUUCUGACAAAGAAAUUAUUGAUGUGGUCUCAUCGAAUGAAUCGCUACUUGCUGAAAUGCCUCUAGUACAUCAGAAGAGGCCACUGACACAAUGCCCAUUUGCUGCGUGGGGCUUGAUACGAGCAGGCCUGGAUAAUUUUUUGAGGGUCAGGGUUGUGGAAGGUUAUGUGCUCAACACAUGGUGUGGUGAUUUCUUUCGGACGCUGUGCACAGAGCAUAGUCCAAGUUUGGAGGUUGCUCAAGUGUGCACAAUGGCACUCUUCGACUAUUUUCAGUCUGUCUCAAACAUGAAUUUCUCAUCUCGUACAAGUGCAGCUGAAGCAGAUAAAGGGACCCAGCACGAUCUCCCUCAUAUUCCCAAAAAUGCAGUUUUUUCAAAUAGGCGAAAACAUAAUGAACUGCCAUUCUAUAUCCUGCACCUCAUCAGUCUGGCACGCAAAAAACUGGCAAGUGUCGACACACUUCUGUCAAGACUUCAGGUAGUUAAUGGGCCAGCUGGCGACAGUGGCCCUGUAAAAUGCACUGACAGUGGUGACAGCAUUGAAGCUCUUGGACAGGUUGUUAGGAGCCAAUUCUUGCUGAAUCCUGAGUGGCUGCAGAUAAAGGUCUGCUGCUGUGACCCGUACUUUUUGCUUGAAGAGCUUGACAUGUUCCUGAAUUUGAAUCCUGCUGACACAGAAUGUGCUCUGCUUCGAGAACUGGUUCAGUUGUCUAGCUAUGCAUUGCGUUAUGACGGAAGACAAUUCGCAGCGCAUGUAACAGCACGAUUACGAAAGAUAAUUGCUACUGAAGCGUCUGAUCUAAAAUUUCCCCAUCUAAAGAACCUCUAUGAAAUGGCGCGUCGGUUUCCCUCUUUGGUGCCAGUCAGUGACUAUCUGCGUGAACCAUCCAAAGAGCCAGCAUCAAUAGCUAUACAUGAAGAGGAAAAGGGCCGAACAUUGGGGCAGCUGUACACCAUCAAAGGUGAUGCAAGUCACAUGGUGUCACUGAACUGCAGUGACCUGUUAGUGUGGGAUGUGUUUGGUGAGAGCAUUGUGCGGCGCCUUACCGGCUUGUCGGAGCCCCGGGACCUCAAAAUGGUGGACCGCUUCCGUGCCUUAGUGCUCUGCAACCGGGAACUUAAGGUAUAUUCGCUAGAUGAGGGACGCCUCCUGGUGAAAUUGAAAGGGGUUAUGAACCAGAAGAUGGCAUACUUUGGUUUGCACAGCCAGGACUACGUAGUGGCACUUUCCAGGAAUCGUAUGUACGUAAAUAUGCUCAACCUCAGCAGUGGAGACUUGGAGACUACCUUUAAAGUGGGAGAGGACAGGUUUCUCAACAGUCUUCUGGUCAGUGGCAAUGGCAAAAUAUGUGUAUGUGGGGAUGAGACACAAAAGCCAUUCCCAUUACUAGUUUGGGACCUGGCCAACCGAAAGCUACUUUAUGACCUUCGUAUUCCACACCAUGAAUUCAUUACUCGCCUUUCAGCCAUAUCUGGUGAUGGACACUACGUUGUGUGUGUCUGCAGGGAGCUGAGUGACAGUGCACCAAAUUUCAUCAUUGUCUAUGACCUGCAAAGUGGGACGUUAUUCAAGAAAUGGAAGCCUGAACGAAACAGUUGCAGCAUUGCUAUUUCUGCUCAAGGUGGCUGUGUUGUCAAUGGCCUUGACAAUUGUUUUGUCCUUGUAUGGGACCUUGCUACAGGAGCAAGAAGGUACACAUUAAAAGGUCACAACGCUCCCGUAGAUCAAAUUCGGCUUGAUGAAUCAGGCUUCAAGUCACUUACUUACAACUCGGAUGGAAUCGAUAGAAGUGUUCGUGUCUGGGACGUCAUGAAAGGAGAGUGCUUGGCCGUGUUCACACCUGAUUUGGCUGUGACAUGCUGUGAACUGACCCUGGAUGGAAAGGCAGUAAUUAUGGGCUUGGAGGGAUACGAUCGUGUCUUCUGUCAUCUGCUGCAUGAAGGCGAAGGAGACCAGAGCCCAUCACAGUCUCGUCCUGCAUCAAACACUUAUGGCAACGCUAGCAACUGUGGCAAAGUUUUUGAUGUCAGCCAACAGGGCUGAGCGUCUGUUCAGCCACUGCCUCUGUUACCAACCCAUGGAAGCGGUGUGGGUGCUGGCCAGAGUGAGAUAGAGAAAUGGCUGGUUCAGUGCAGCUACUUGUUCUGUCUAGCACCAGCUAUCAUUUUUUCUCAUGUCACCCAGUAAGCUACAGGUAAAGCAGAAUCUUUAAGUUGGCUUUUUGCAAGCUAACCCUGCCUAUACACAUGCAUCUCACACACUUGCAUAGGCUGUAAAAAGAGAGAGCACAAAAAGGGCAAACCUGAAGAUAUCAGUGAUCAUAAAGAAUCUGUAGCAAAUAUUCAUAUAUUAGGAAAGAUGUGUUUACUUUAAUACAAAAACUAUUUGCGCAUCGAUUCAGCCAGCUUUGAAGCAAUCCGCCUGCAUGUCACUGCAGCAGCAUUCUUUGUCACAAAGCAGUUGACGCUGCUAAAUAUUUGAGAGUAACCUCACCUAUUCAUUUGAAUGUUGAUCAAAACAUACAUCUACUGUAUUAGUGCAGUCAGUAUUAACACGGUAAAUAUGGUACACUAAAGAGGUACAGACAUAUGGUUAUUUUAAAAGAAUUGUGCAUGCAAGUCAAGUAUUUUAUUUUCUAAACUCAGCCUCCUCCAUAUCUUUAAAAUGUUUAUAUAUAUAUA